UUGAUCUGCCAUUGGCACACAGCACACACCCCUCUCUCUGAAAACUCUCUCUCUCUCUCUCUCUCUCAAGAAAGCUCAAAGGUAGCAAGUAGUAGCAUCGAUCGAAGCUCAGCAGAUUUCAAGAAUUUGAUAUAGCUAGCAUAAUUAGUCUUUAGUGCAUACACACAGCUGCUCUUUGUUUUUGCUCGAUCUUUCGGCUUUCACUCGGAAGAUGACCCGCGAGGGGGAGGAGAAGCUGCUGUUCCCUUCGUUCGCCUUCCCGGAGUGCUUCCCGGAGGCCGUCACCUCCGGUGGAGAGCAGAAGAAGGCUCGGCAGCGGCGGAGGCGGAAGGUGAAGCCGGAGGCGUUUGCGGCGGCGACGGGCGAGAGCGGCGUGGAUGAGCAAGCGAAGAAGCGGCGACUGAGCGACGAGCAGGCGCGAUUCCUGGAGAUGAGCUUCAAGAAGGAGCGGAAGCUGGAGACGCCACGCAAGGUGCAGCUCGCCGCGGAGCUGGGCCUCGACGCCAAGCAGGUCGCCGUGUGGUUCCAGAACCGCCGCGCCCGCCACAAGAGCAAGCUCAUGGAGGAGGAGUUCGCCAAGCUCCGCUCCGCCCACGACGCCGUCGUCCUGCAGAACUGCCACCUCGAGACCGAGUUGCUGAAGCUGAAGGAGAGGCUGGCGGAUGUAGAGGAGGAGAAGGCGAAGCUAGCCGCUGCCGCCGCGGCGACAGGCGGUGGUAGCGCCGGCGGCGGCGGCGGCAGCAGCCCGAGCUCGUCGUCGUUCUCCACAGUGACGUACCACCCGGCGCUGGUGGGGCAGUUCGGAGUGGAGGCAGCCGCCGAGGAGGCCGACCUCUACAUGAGUGAGUACGCGUACAACAACUACAUGCUGGAGCUGGCAGCGGCAGGCUACGGCGGCGGUGUCUACGACCAAUUCAGCUGAGCGCCGCCGGCGCCGACGGAGGAGGAUUAACCAGCUAGCUAGCUGCUCUCGGACGUGUUAAUUAAUGGACUGAUCAAUUGCAGGGUAGUAACGUAGUAAAUUCAGUAGUGGUGUUUAUUAGCAUCGAUCGAUAUAUCAUCAGCCGUUGCCCUAACGAAAAAUCUUUAGCGGUGACUUUGCUAAGUCAUGUAGAUUAUUAAUUGGAGGUCUCUGUAAGUAUAUGUUUAGAAUAUCAUGCAAGUGGUUGCCAUGGACUGAUUAAUUAUGCCGUGAUGUAAUAUUGGGGGUACUAGACUACUCACGAUCAGAACACAAGAAGAUGCAUGCACAAGUUUUGGCGUCUUUUGUCUUUUAUGCCAGCUCACUUUGUUCAAUUGUUCUUGAUGUGGAUGGA